AUGGGUCACAAAGGAAUCUCGGUGACAAGCCUGGUCUUCUGCUUUGCUUUCUUUCUUCUACCGCUGCACUCCACCUAUGGAGACGUGAGCUAUUCUUUUCCGGAGGAGAUGAAACGAGGAUCUGUUAUUGGAAAUAUAGCCAAGGAUCUCGGGCUGGAGGCGAGCAGACUUUCCGCUCGUAAUGUCCGAGUUGAUACCGAAGGGAACCGAAAACGUUAUUGUGACAUUAAUCUGAGUACCGGGGAUUUUAUUGUUGCCGAAAGGAUUGACAGAGAGGAGCUAUGUGGAGAAAAGAUGUCCUGUAUUCUUAGGUUUGAGUUGGUCUUAGAGAGUCCUCUGGAGUUGCAUCGUAUAUCACUUCAAAUCCAAGAUAUCAACGACAAUACACCCUUCUUUCCAAAGGAUACAAUCAAACUGGAAAUAGCGGAAUCCGCAUUCAAAGGCGCUCGCUUUCGUGUGAACGCAGCUCACGACGCGGAUAUAGGACAAAAUGCUGUUCAAAGCUACACUCUGCAGAGAAAUGAUCAUUUUGCUUUAAGUGUUCAAACGACUGCUGCCGGUAGUAAAUAUGGAGAGUUGGUUUUAGAUAAAGAGUUAGAUCGUGAACAACAGCAGGAGUUGAAAUUAUUGCUAACAGCUGUGGACGGAGGCACUCCGCAGAGAUCAGGUACUGUAGUCAUACACGUCACUGUGCUGGAUGCUAACGAUAACGCCCCAGUGUUUAGCCAGGCCGUCUAUAAAGCCAGUCUGCCUGAAAACUCUCCUUUAGGUAGACUAGUUCUUACUGUCAGCAGUACUGAUGCAGAUGAAGGAAUGAAUGGAGAAGUGACAUUUGAAUUUAGUCGAAUGUCUGAUAAGACAAGGAAAGUGUUUACAUUGAACCACGUAACUGGAGAAGUGACAGUAGUAGGAGAGAUAGACUACGAAGAUGAAUCCAAAUAUGAAAUGUUCAUAGAAGGAAAAGAUGGUUAUGGACUUUCCUCAGACACUAAAGUUAUUAUAGAAAUAACUGACGUAAAUGACAACGCCCCUGUGAUAUAUCUCAAAUCUCUGACUAAUCCCAUAUCCGAGAACGCGUCUCCUGGUACAGAGGUGGGCAUCAUUAACGUGCAGGAUAGAGACUCUGAGAAUAACCGACAGGUCCGCUGCUCCAUUCAGCAAAACGUUCCCUUUAAGCUGGUGCCAUCCAUCAAAAACUACUAUUCUCUGGUGACCACGAGCGAACUGGACCGGGAACUAGUGUCUGAUUACAACAUUACAAUCACUGCCACCGACGAGGGCUCUCCACCUCUGUCCUCCUCUAAAAGUGUUCAGUUAUCUGUAGCUGACGUCAACGACAACCCACCUGUGUUUGAGGAACAGUCCUAUAAAGCCCACGUGACUGAAAAUAACAAACCCGGUUCCUCCGUGUGUUCCGUUACUGCACGGGACCCAGACUGGAGACAGAACGGAACAGUGAUUUAUUCUCUCUUACCUGGUGAGGUGAACGGUGUCCAAGUGUCCUCGUUUUUAUCCGUUAACGGAGACACGGGAGUGAUCCACGCUGUGAGGUCGUUUGAUUAUGAGCAGUUCAGGAGCGUUAAGGUCUACGUGGUGGCUAGAGACAACGGUUCUCCUCCACUCAGCAGCAACGUCACGGUCAGUGUGUUCAUAACGGAUGUGAAUGACAAUUCUCCUCAGAUACUAUACCCCGCCCCGGAGGGAAACUCCUUCAUGACGGAGCUGGUCCCCAAAGCUGCGCACGGGGGCUCUCUGGUUUCCAAGGUGAUAGCGGUAGACGCGGACUCCGGGCAGAACGCCUGGCUGUCCUAUCAUAUAGUCAAAUCCACUGAUCCGGGACUUUUCACUAUUGGUCUCCACAGUGGAGAGAUCAGGACACAGCGGGACAUUUCUGAAUCUGACAGCAUGAAACAGAACCUCAUUGUGUCAGUGAAAGAUAACGGACAGCCCUCUCUCUCUGCCACCUGUAGCAUGUAUUUGGUGAUUUCUGAUAACUUGGCUGAAGUGCCAGAACUGAAAGAUGUCUCUUAUGAUGAGAGCAAUUCCAAACUCACCUCUUAUCUGAUCAUCGCGCUGGUGUCCGUCUCCACCCUUUUCCUCACCUUCAUUAUUGUCAUCCUGGCCGUGAGGUUUUGUCGCAGGAGAAAGCCCAGACUGUUGUUUGACGGAGCGGUCGCCAUCCCCAGCGAGUAUCUCCCUCCCAACUACGCAGAGGGGGAUGGAGUGGGAACUCUCCGCAGCACUUACAAUUAUGACGCAUACUUGACGACGGGCUCGCACACAAGUGAUUUCAAGUUCGUCACAUCUUACAAUGACAACACACUGCCCGCGGACCAGACUCUGAAAAAAACUCCAACAGACUUUGCCGAAGAGCUUUAUGGCUCUGAUGGUUCACCAGAGGUAGGCCCGUUACUGUAA